AAACACAACACCAAUAACUACGAGCUCAACCCUGUGCACUUGUGCAUGUUGUUGUUUUUCUUCUUCUACGGAACGAGCCGUCUUCAUUCAUACUAAUUGCAGCUGAGGUUUGACUAUUUAUGACAACAACAAAAAAAAUAGUAUUUAUACAUGUAACAUCAUUGCUAACAUUGGCUGUGCUAAUGCUAGGCUAGCACAUUUUUAAUUUCCGUAGUAUCUGAUCAAGUCUUCAGUUCCUUCUGGUUAUUCAUUUACCUUUUUCGGUCCGUGCAGUUUACAGCAAAAUGCACAAACUACAUUAUCAUCCUACAUUCAUUUUUUUUUAUCCAUGUACGGGUUUUUUUUUUUUUUUUACCUUGGCUUGCGAUGAAAUAAUAUUCAAGGAAGGAGGAACGAAUGUCUGAGAGCAGGCGACAAGUCGGAAGUAUAUUUGUCAAACACAGGAGGUGUAAGCAGAGGUCGCUUCCACUACUGAAACAUAUGGAGCAGAUUCACACAUCAUGCCCGCAUGAGGACUGUUUUUUUUUUUUUUUCUUCCUGUAGGUUGAUCUGUGUAGGUUGCGUGGAUAGUCUCCAACACAGCGACACGAGUUGCAGAUAAAUCCGGUGAAUCCGUGGGAUGUUAUUUUCCUGACUUCACAUGACAGCAUUCAUCAGAAGAAAGUAUCACCACAUGUGAGGUAUCAGUGACAAAGCGUCUCUCUUUGGAUGCUGGCAUAACUAGUGCAUGUCCCAGCAAUCUGUACAUGUCACAGAUUGAAUGAGUUUGCAGCUCUGUGCUCCUGCAAAGAACAACUCCAGUCUGAUUUCACUGGAGGCUGUGCACCAGCAACAUGCCCCUGUCAGACUUUCUGGACGGCCUGAAGGACAACCCAUACUUUGGGGCUGGCUUUGGACUGGUUGGUGUUGGCACAGCGUUGGCAGUGGCCAGGAAAGGAGCCCAGGUGGGGAUGGUCUUCUUUCGCAGGAACUACAUGAUCACUCUGGAGGUCCCCAGCAGAGAUAAGAGCUACCACUGGCUGCUGAGCUGGAUCACCAAGCACGCCAGACACACUCAACACCUGAGCGUGGAGACGUCCUACCUGGCUCAUGAGAGCGGACGGGUUCACACGCAGUUUGACUUCCACCCAAGCCCUGGGAACCACAUCAUCUGGUAUGGGAGGAAGUGGAUCAGGGUGGAGAGGACCAGAGAGAAGCAGAUGGUGGAUCUGCACACUGGGACCCCGUGGGAGUCUGUGACCUUCACCGCAUUAGGCAGAGACAGACAGAUUUUCUUCAAUAUAUUACAAGAAGCCAGAGAAUUGGCCCUGAAGCAGGAAGAGGGGCGGACAGUGAUGUACACGGCCAUGGGUGCUGAGUGGAGGCCUUUUGGGUUUCCUCGGCGACGCAGACCCCUCAGCUCUGUGGUCCUGGAGGAUGGCGUUGGGGAAAAGAUCGUAGAUGAUGUGAAGGAGUUUAUUGGAAACCCCAAGUGGUACACAGACAGAGGUAUUCCAUACAGAAGAGGAUAUCUGCUGUACGGCCCCCCUGGGUGUGGAAAAAGCAGCUUUAUCACGGCUCUGGCAGGUGAGCUGGGUUACAGCAUCUGUCUGAUGAGUCUGAGUGAUCGAAGCCUUUCAGACGACCGCCUGAAUCACCUCCUGAGCGUGGCUCCGCAGCAGAGCAUCAUUCUGCUGGAGGACGUAGAUGCUGCCUUUGUCAGCAGAGAUCUGCUUCCAACAGAGAACCCUCUGGCCUUCCAGGGAAUGGGGAGACUCACCUUUAGCGGCCUGCUGAAUUCUCUGGAUGGAGUGGCUUCAUCUGAGGCCAGGAUCGUUUUUAUGACCACCAACUUCAUUGAAAGGUUAGAUGCAGCUCUGAUCCGACCCGGCCGUGUUGACCUGAAGCAGUAUAUUGGACACUGCACUCACAGUCAGCUUGAACAGAUGUUCAGGCGGUUCUACCCGGACGUGGCCGCCUCUGAGGCAGAGCGUUUUGCAGAACAAGCGUUGGCUACACACACUGAGAUUAGCGCUGCUCAGGUGCAAGGACACUUUCUGCUGCAUAAAAUGGACCCUAAAGGCUCUAUAGACAAUGUUUCCCAACUAAAAGGAUGACGGGACUGCAAGGAGGUAGAGACUGAUGACUGAAAAAAAGAGAAACACGUUUUUUUUAGUAAUUAUCGUCGACUGAUGUGCACUCUGUUUGAAAUAUACGAUUGAUAACAAAUGAAUGCAUUACUGUUCAGUGCAUUGGACUACAUAAAAGGAAUAUAUUCUCCAUCUCUGAUGA